AAGUGAAGAAUAUAUUAUUUUUAAUAUGGUAUAAUUUUGUUUUAAUCGCAUAAUGAAUAAGGUUAUGUUUACUACAAAUAUCAUAAUUUCUAAAUUGCUAAAAAUAAAUCAUGAAACUAUAAAAUUUUCAAAUAAAUUUCUACAUAUACGAUUUCAAUUUCUUUUUUCAAAAAAAAAUGAAACGAUUGAAAGUCCGAGAAUGCGUGAAUUUAGAAAAAAAUUAAGAGAACGUACACCUAUAGAAAAAUUAGAAGAACUCGAAGAAGGUAAACAUCCUUAUCAAGAAAAAGAACCAUUAAAACCAUUUCCAAAUAAUAUGAAUCCAAAAACAGGUGAGAUAGGAGGACCACGUGGACCAGAACCAACACGAUAUGGUGAUUGGGAAAGAAAAGGUCGAGUGACAGAUUUCUAGUGAUAUUUUAAUGCAAUAUUAUAUGAAUAUAAUAGUAUAUCUUAUAUAGGAUGUGCAAUUAAAAUAUGUAAUUAAAAUAUGUUUUAGUAAUAAAAAUUUCAUUAUAUUUAAAAAAUAUAA